UUCGACAUCCGAUGGCGUUUGGGAUUUAAUAAGCUGUCAGCCAAUAAUUGGGUCGUCGUCAAAAUUUCUAUUAGAAUCGCUUCUUUUCUUAUAUAUUUUGGCCGAAAAAUCAAAUGAAGCUGAUACGCUAAGAACAACGUUGCACCAAACCCGCACCGAACUGCCAGCAGCAGAGGGCCUGGACUCAAAAACAAUAGAAAUCCCAAAAUCGCGACUGGACUGACUGGGCAGGAUGUCGAACCUAUCCGUGGGCCAGAUCAUAAUGGAUGCGCAGCGCAUGGCCAGUCGGGUGAAGGAACUGGACGCCCUGGGCAGCGCGCUGCUUGAGGAGGCGGAGUCCAACAAUCGGCUAGUGGAGAGCCUCCGUCAAUACCAGGACGAUAUUGAAUCACUCAACCGCAUUUCAAACAACAAGACCAACGCGGACAUGGUGAACCGCAUUCAGCAGCAAAACAUCAACAGCUCAGAGAUACUCAAAGAAAAUCGCGAGCUAAAAAUCUGCAUUGAGGACUACGAGCGUGCCAUGGAGCUGAUGAUGCAAAAGUAUCGCGAGCACACCGUCUCCAAGGUGCUGGACAGCAAGUUUAACUUUAAGGAGCUGUACAACGAACGCAUGUGGCAGGUUAUCCGAGAGCAGCGCGAGAAGAUCAACGAAAUGGCAGCAGUAAUGCAGCUAGCGGCCAGUGUGGAUGACGGUGUCGUGCAGCGAGAGCUGCAGACCAUAUCCCAGCUGCGCCUGGAGAACGAAACGCUGCGCGAGCUACUGCAAAUCUCCAAGCAGUACGGCUCUUCACAGCGACCGAUCCGUGAAAGCGACCACCUGCUGGAGGAGAAGGCUGUGCAGACGGACAGUACGGCGGACGAUUCUGCCGAUGACCUGUCCAUAUCGGGCGCAUCGGUGGAAAACAUGAACAACAACUCGGUUAUCCAGAUGUACAGCAGCCCGGAACAACCAGCUAAGGUCGCAGCCGCCACGAACUCAUUCACCACUGCCCCAGUGCAAAGUCAAACUGAGACACAGGCACCUAAUGUGACGUUGGAGACGGCGCCGCCGAGUGAACAGCCGGUGGCGAAUGAUAACAAUAACGGACCUGCAGUCAACCCAACCAGUGCGCCUACGCCAGCGACGACGUCAAACGAAUCUGUAGAGGAUCAGGCGACAGUAGCGCCCGCAACAUGAUAGGUGCUGCUGCACAACGUUGUUGAUUCGUUUGGUCUUCAUUUGAAUCGUAUUUACUCACCCACUCACAAAACAGGCCGCGCACCAAGAGGGCCCACAUAACCUGCAUUAGCUCUUAGCGAUUGAUAAUCUCUAAGUAAUUUAUACAUAAUACGCAUUUCAACAUAUUGUCCAUACGCAUUCACGACAAUGAAGUUUAUUAUUUAAAACGAGGUGAACACACUCACACACACAAAUGUAAUGUACAAUUACCCUGUCGAUUUUAUGGUUUGCUAAAUAAAUUCCAAAACAAAUCGGGGAUUAACCAAA